AUGAGUCCUGGCGACGGUAGAGCGGGAGAGGCGGCCGAUCUCCUGGUCCGGUGCCACGAGAACCGACACAACGCAAGCAGGAACCCCAUUACUACCCCCUGGACCAUCGGGGGUGAUCGCGGUCCGUACCAGAGGGGCACAUCAAGACCAGAGUGGGCGCAAUGGGAGACUGCACGGAAAGCGGCACCCAGCAUGGCGGACACCACUCUUCUCCCCGAGCCUACAGACCCACAACAGUGGACCCUGCAGGGCUUAGACUCAAUCCUUGACAACUUCUGGCGCAAGGUGGAGGCCAGACAGCAACCGCUUGCCCCACCACAAAUAGGCGAGCGUCACAAGAACAACCAGCACGGCGCGACCGAGAUGGCCGCCGGGCCACAACUAGAGUGGAGCAACCUGGGCCUACCAGCACAGGAGCAGAGGGAAGGCUGCGAACCCAAAUCUGAAACCAAGCCAGCAUCACCUGUCCAGAAGGUGUACAAAGCUGCUGUUCUGACUGCCCGACACCCUUCUGGGCUGGGAGCCCACCGGGGGAUUACCCCAGGCUGUCCAUACACCCGUGGGGACACCCGGGACUGGGAGAACCACGGGCCCCUGAGACAACCUCCAUGUUCGGGAAUACCCAUGAACACAAGGCGAGGGCUCUCACCAAGGCCCGGAGCCGGAGAGGCGGGAAAACAAGUCGCAGCGGCAACACACACAUAG